UCUAGGUGGUAGUCUAGGUGGAGGGGAUUUGAAAGGGAGGCAAACGUCAGUAGGCUGCUUCUAAACUGAACUCAACAUUGCUAUAGGCUAUUUCAACUAGCCUUAUUUUACUGAAAGACAAAGAGAAAUCAUGAUAUAUGUGUGAGGACACCUCAAAGAUGUCUCAUCACAAGAAGAAGCACAUCCCAAAACAUGUAUUUAUGGAUAACGAUGUAGCAGCAGGCCCUGACGAUGUCAUACAUGACACAUGUGACAUUAACAUCAAUCUAGAAAGUGGAAACAACGAAUCUGUUCCCAUAGCUGAUACUGUUGGGCGGCCAGGGCCGGACCGAGGCAGUCCCACGGAGGUGGCAGCUGGUGCAGAGACGAACGCCGGUGCCUGUGUCAAACUGAGCUAUACCACUGUGCUGCAUUGUGUGGUUGUUCUCAUGUUGACAGUGGCUGUUGCCUUGGCAGUCCUCUAUGUAUUGAAAGACAAGUCAUGCAGACAGACUCACAACCUAGUGGAAGAGCAGCUGCAAAUCCUUGAUGGUCUCUCCAAAGAGGUGACCGCCCUGCAUUGUAAAAUGAAAAAAUUGGAAGGUGGUUGGAAAAUCUUCAGUGGCAAGUGGUAUCACUUCUCCUUUGAUCUGAAAAACUGGACUAAGAGUAGAGAUGACUGUAUUACUCUGGGUGGACACCUGGCCAUCAUUGAGAAUGAGGAGGAAAAGGAUUUCAUAUUAACACAUGGAGAAAGGUGGUGGGUUGGUCUAACAGACUCUAAGAAGGAGGGCACCUGGUUCUGGGUGGACAACACACCCUUUACUGAAGAGGGGUCUGUGCCGUGGGCACACAAGCAGCCAGAUAACCACUUAGGCCCAGGGGGAGACCCAGUGAAUGGCGAGGACUGUGGUUUACUGCUGUCGUCUGGGCUGAAUGACGUGGCGUGCCGUAAAACGUUUAAAAGCACCUGUCAGAGUCAGAGCUGGUGUGAUACUGGCACUCGCCAUAUCUUUGAGAAAUAA